AUGCCAUGGAAACCUGUUUAUAAGAAUAAGAAAGAAUUGAAAAAUGAACGUACAAUAGUUCUUCUCUUAGGUGGUUCAAUUUAUGAUGAUAGUGCUGGUGUUCGAAUUACUAAUCGUCGCCGUCGUGGUGACGAACAUUCUCGUAAAAAACAAGAUGUUCAUUUAGAAGAACAUUUAUGGCAACGAGAUUUUCAUGCAAUUACACGAUUCUUUGAACAAACCAAUGCUUCUGUUUGGCGAUGUGUUCCUACACGUCUUUAUAGUUCACGAAAUGAAGCAUAUGAUUUGAUUAAUGAAUUCUUUCAACUUGAUAAUGAUAAUAAUAAAGGUGAACGACGAACAUUUCUUAUUUAUUGGUGUGGUCAUGGAUUAGAUAAUUCAGGUAAUUGGGGAUUUUCAUAUGGUGGUGAAAUUACUUGUCAAGAUAUUAUCAAUGCUUGGCGUUCUCGUCCAAUUGCUGAUAACUACGAUGAUAUAUCAUCAUUAACAAUUAUUGCUGAUACAUGUUAUUCAGGUGGAUGGAUUGAUGAACUUAAACAACAAAAUAUUCCACGUCUUGCUUAUCAAGCAGCAAGUCGAGCUAAUGAACCUGCAUAUGUUGUUGAUGAUGGAAAUAUUCCAAGAAGUUUACUUAUGCGUAAAUUUAUUAUAGAACAAAACUAUCCUAUUGAAUGGUAUAUAUGGACAUGUGCUGAUCAACAUCCAGUAUAUUUAUGUGAUUAUGCUGAAAUAGAAGAUGGUCAAGAUUUAAAUGAUGGACAACGACGAACAUUAGUUCGUGGUGGUCCCUAUUAUUUUUUCACUGUCGAUAGACAUUGGACAACAAAUGGAAAAAUGUCAAAUAAAGAACUUAAAAAUGAACUAAACAAACUAUCAAAAUAUGGUGUAUUUAUUGAUAAUCUUUGA